UAACCGACUAUUUAGGGACAAGAUUUAACAAAGCAUGACUUGUUAUCUGUUACAGAGGAUUUCUAUGGCUUCAAACAGUCUGUUCAGCAGCACCAGCCCGAUGGUGUACUGGGACCCUGUGGUGAAAAGGCGGCAGACAGCGCCAUCCUCCGGGGACCGUCAGCUGGACGACCCGCAGCUUCGGUCCCUCAGCUCAGCCCCACCCAGAGGCCUGGUGGCGACCGACAGCCCGAGCUUCCUGUGCAGCGCCCUGCCGCAGCACUGGAGGUGCAACAAGACGCUGCCGAGAGCCUUCACCGUGGUUGCCCUCGGCAACGAUGUGCCAGAUGGCGUGGUGGUGACAGUGAUGGCCGGCAACGACGACAACAGCAGCGCCGAGCUCCGCAACGCCACGGCAACCAUGAAGCAAGGCUGCGCCCACUUCAAUGACCUGCGCUUCAUAGGCCGCAGCGGGAGAGGCAAGAGCUUCACCCUCUCCAUCAACGUGCUGACGUCGCCCCCUCAGAUCGCCACCCUUCACAGAGCCAUCAAGGUCACCGUGGACGGACCACGGCUGCCCAGACGACAGAGGCAGAAGGAGGUGAAGAUCAGCAUGUUCAGGCCGUCAAGCAGCAUCAGCAGCAGCUCUGCAGCCACAGAUGCUCGGCCCUUUGCCUCGGCUCUGUGGCCCAGUGAGCCUUCGUUUCUGGGACAGGUCACGUCUCUCAGUUCGUCCUUCAGCCCGAGUCCCAGAAUGCACCACCUCCCGGCGCUCCCCUACUCCUCGCAGCCUCCUCCGUACGGCUCCUACCUGUCGUCUCCUCCUCCUCUGAGCCACAGUGGUUCAUUCCAGCCGGGCGGCUUCUACUGCGGACCCAACCAGCCGCUCCAAGCGCCAGCGGACGACCGCAGCGUGGUCCCGGCCUUGAGUUAUCUAGAGGGAGCGUGUCUUUCUGUCCGGAGCGAGGAGCCGGUCUGGAGACCUUAUUGAUUCCUCCACGAGGUCUAUAAAGGUUUCAGUCAUUUUAAGGUGCUAGUAGUUAGCAGAGGCUGUUCCUGUGUUCCCAGUUUUUAUACAUUGUCAAAGUCGUAAAUGCAGAAAAGUUUUUCUGCUGUAAAACUACACAAUGUUGAAAUAAUGGAGCCCAGUAAUAAAAACCAGAACGUGUAAUAUGCAAUAAUAUGUAUUAUUCAAUAUAAACAAUUCUCCCAGUGUUUCCUGC